AUGGGCGGCCCGGGCGGUUUUGGCAGCAGCGCUUCCGCCGGGCGCUCUUUCCCGCGACCCUGGCCCGGGCUUCACUUCACAUCUCCGCGACCCCGCCUCGCCUCGGCCCGGAGCCUCUCCCCUCGCCGGGGCCGGAGGCGCAAGCGGGGGCGGGCCUCUGCGCCGAGCGGCCAAUGGGGACCGAGCCUGGCGGCCGGGGCGUGGCGGCCCCGGCUCGACGCCUCGAGUGGCGGUUGUUUCAAGAUGGCGGGCGCGGCGGGCCCCUCCCUGCCGGCCUCGGCGUUCUGGAGCCGCGACUUUUCUGAUGAAGAACAAUCAGUGGUUUAUGUUCCAGGAAUCUCCACAGAAGGAAAUGCAAGAUCAAGACUCAAGUUAAUAAAUCCAAAAGUUGAUGUUAAAGUUAAGGCGUCCAGGGUGACUGAUGCUUCCAUCUCCAUGGAGUCUUUAAAAGGUGCAGGAGAUUCAGUAGCUGACCAGAAUUUCUGCAAGAGAGGAAUGAAAAGUGCAUCACUGAAAGAUUUAUGCCUUGAAGACAAAAGACGCAUUGCCAACUUAAUUAAAGAACUGGCCAGAGUAAGUGAAGAAAAGGAGGUGACAGAGGAACGACUGAAAACUGAGCAGGAGUCCUUCGAAAAGAAGAUCCGGCAGUUAGAAGAACAGAAUGAACUGAUCAUCAAAGAAAGGGAAGCUCUUCAGCUACAGUAUAGAGAAUGCCAAGAACUUCUAAGUCUCUACCAGAAGUACCUAUCGGAGCAGCAGGCCAAGCUCACCAUGUCCCUCUCGGAGCUUGGAGCUCCCAGAGCGCAGGAGCAGCAGGUAACCAAGAAGAAAAGCACUCACCAGUGCUCAUUGAUGGGCUUGGAUGGUUCCUAUCUGAGUGUAGCCAAACCUCAAACCUACUGUCAGGCCAAGGCAAGGCCUAAGUCAGCAAACCAGGACUCCGCUUCAGAAUCACUUACAACAUUAAGGAAUAAUUCUUUGAAACCAAUAACACUUCAUCAUCCCAAAGAGGAUUUAGAGAGGAUGCCAACACAAGCCAGAACAUGUACUCAUGAAUCUCCAGGGAGGAGACUAAUAAAUGCACUGCCAAUAGAGAAAGCGCUCUCGGAAGAGGUGAAGAUAAAGGAAUAUCCAAACCUUCCGCCUACUCCAUCUACUCAGUACUCUGGUCAUAAAUGCUCUGAAAGUGAAGCUUAUGUUCAUGAGAACUAUCACCCUACAAACAUGGUCCUUCAAUGUUGUAAGACACAUCCGGAAUCAUGCAGUCACUGUAGGAUGUCCUGGGCAUCUCAAAUGCAUGAUCGAGUGACACUGCAACCCAGAGAAGCUGACAUUGAAAAACAAAUCUCAGAAGACCGAAGGCAACAGCUGAUGCUUCAGAAAAUGGAACUGGAAAUUGAAAAGGAACGCCUUCAGCAUCUCCUGGCCCAACAAGAGACGAAGCUUCUCCUUAAACAGCAGCAGCUGCACCAGUCCCGACUAGAUUACAAUUGGUUAAGAACUCAAGCUAUGUUCAAAUCUCGAGAGCUGGUUGCUGAUAAAGAGUUUCCUAAACCAGAUCUGGAUAUGAAAGGGAGUGACUCUGGACCAAGUUUAUUGGAGCCUAAAUGUGAUGGAUGGCAGCAUGGAACCUCAUCAUCAUUUAAGAAGUGCCCAGACUCUCCAAACAGUGGGCAGAGCCGGAGGGAGAAGAAAACUGUUGAGUUUGAGUCCCACGUGGAGAAUGGCAUCCAGUGGGCAUGUCAACAGAAUGAUCCAUGCAGACCCCAGAGAGAGACAGCAACAGGAGUUAGAAAAGAUGCAUCCACAUCUCCCAUGUCAACACGAAGCCCUAAAGAUGCCCUGACACCAGCCUCAUCAUCAUCCCAGCACAAAACCUCAAGGUAUGACACAUCUCUUUUGGACUUGGUUCAGUCUCUGAGCCCAAAUUCUGCUCUCAGAUCUCAGUCCCAUCCCUCCAGAGCUGCAGGGACAUGGAGUACUCGCCGACCUACCCCUCAGAAAUCUACCUGGAAGAAAGUGUGGACCCGUAGGAGCCCCGAAGACCUGGAGGAGAAUCAGAUUCUGGAAGACAUAUUUUUCAUAUGACUCUGAAGCACACCCUACAGAAUUUUCACAGGAAAUAUUUGGGUUCCUUUCCAUAUUGAUAUAGGAUGUUAAAUUGGGAAGGAGUCUCUCCUUUGAUGGAGACCUCUUGCUGGCAUCCUUUCAUGGUAUUGAAUAUAGAAACCAUUCUAAUAAAUCAGGGUGUUUUUUUUUGUCAGACCAGUCAGCAGGAACAGACUAAAGGAGAACGCUUAGAAGUAGGAUCUUUUCUAUACCAAACAGAAAUUAGAAAUUUAGGAUACUUUCAGUGUGGCAGACUCCAUAAAUAUCUAGUGUCAUUUUAAGAGUGUUUUCAAUUUACUACUGCAAAAAGUUGACUCUUUACAGAAGGAAAACUUUUCCCAUUGACGAACUCUUAAAUAUGAAAGUAGCCACUUCAGAAAGACUUCUCUUCUCACUAAUGCUAAGUGUGACUCUUCAUUCGGAAAUUGAAGUUGAUAACCCUAAUAUCGUCUUACAUGGGAUCAGUACUUGUAGGUCAUAGUGAUCAUCAACCCGGUCAUUGCCACCCCUUAAACCAAAAGGCUUAAUGACUUAGAGGGAAGUUCCCAACCAGACAGUGGCAUUAAACCACAUGUGGGAAUGGCUGCCUAGGGAAAUUUACCAGUUUCUCCAAUGUCCCAUGGUGAAUGUUUUUUGUUGACUUCACUGUUGGUUGUUCUUGUAAACUUUAUCUAUUGUUGUGUCUGAGGAAGAUGGCACUAGAGCAAGCAUGGUAUCAGAUGGUCUCAGGUUGGCAGGCUCCUUCUGCCCCCACCUCACUCCAUAAGGAUGAAUAGUCCUGUUCUGAGCUCCUGGGGAUGCACUGACUCUAAGAAAGCUCUGCUGAUUAUCCUUCUUACCCAGAUCUAAAUCUUUUGUCUUCAGGCUGAGCUCAGUCCUGUUGAGACUAUUCAUGCUCCCCUCCCUUCCAGCCUCCCAAUCUCAUACUCUUCCUCUGAGGCAAAUGCAAGGGCAAGACUAAUUACUUGUAGUUAUUCCCUUUGGAAAUUGAAAGUUCAUUGCAGAUUCCAGUUUCCUUUUCAAAGUCACCCUGAGAGUAACUUGAACAGGCUUGUUCCACUUCAGAACUCCUUUAGAAUAUGUCUUUGGAGUGGUAGAAAUGGUCAUUUUCUCAGUUGGGUUUCCAGAAACAUCUUUUCUCUAUCUUGUGUGUCAAAGACAACUUAACUGUUCCUAUUUCUUUAGACUUGCUAUAAUCAUAGUCACCAUUCUGAGCAUCAGCAGUCUUACUACUCCAAUAUGUCUCCAGAAGGAAAAGAAAGAGAAUCUGAUCUCUUUAAAAAGACCUUAGAAGAGUUAUAAACAGCCUAAAAACUAAAGCAUUUUUACGAUGAUAUGCAGUGAAUGGAAUUUAAUUGCUUCUUCACCAGCAUGGGAAGUUUGGAAGAGAAAAAAAAGUUUUCAGGGGAGCAUCAGUCAGCACACUUUUCAUACUUUAUGGCCCUACUAGUUGCCUUCUUUCUCUUGCAGGCAUUUGUGUGCAUGUGCGCGCGCGCACAUACACACACACACACACACACACAUAAAACCUAGAGACUUUGUAAGUAACUGAAUGGUGUAUGUUAACAUGCUGAUCUGUAUUAAAUUCCCUUUGAGAUGUAUGUGUUGUAGAGUGCUGGGGCUUGAGCUGAUUGGAGCCUAUCCUACAGAAGAGUGGGACGAAAGUAGAAGCCAUGUGCCUCCCCUGAUAAUGCACUCUUCAAUGGUUGGUUGGGACUUGUUUGUCCAGCUCCUAGAUGUUUCCUCAAAGCAAAACUGCACUCAGUAAUGAAAAUUUGGUUUGACAAGAUUCAGCAAAGUCACUGGAUAGGAGCAGUUCAAACCCAGAGCUGAAGAUGGGGGUCAUUGUUCUUUUCUUUACUUCUCAGUAUCCAAACUCUCAAGACUCUUCUACUGUCCAGUCUUUAUUCAUCAGCCACAUGGAUUAGUAGCACAUGAGAGCAGUGGGAAGAAGGGAGGAAAGGAAGUAGGCCUAAUUCUGUUUGCAGCCUUGGCACAAUCCCAUGUCGCACGCAGCUCUCUCAUAAAGGAGAAAAGGAGGGCCAGAAGAGGAAACUGGAGAUGGCGGGCCAAGGGACACUUCCACUGCUCCCUCCACCGUCCCUAAUCUGCAAUUUAACAUUUUCUUCCAAAUUUAUUAUUUCUAACUCUCCUACUUAAAAAUACAAAGAACUCUGCAGGGCUUAUAGGAAAAGGGGCUCAGCCCUAGAGGGGCUCUCUGUCUCUGUCCCAUGUCCCUCUGCUGUGUCCUCUGCCUCCGUUACCUUCUCUCCUUUGCUCCCCACUGGGACUCGCUACUGUUAGACAUGUCCCAGUGACACACUCCUCUCCCCAGGUCCUUCAGGGUGAACAACUUGAGACUAAGUUGACCACUUUGUGAAAUUUUCCUUCUGUUCCUAGCACUGUGUACUGCUGGCUCCAGUAAGAUUUUCAGAUCUGUCCUACCCAUAGCCCAUGGGCCACAUAUGGUCAAGGACAGCUGUGAAUGUGGCCCAACACAAAACUGUAAACUUACUUCAAACAUUUUGAGUUGUGUUGUUGUGAUUUUUGUUUUUCACUUUUUUGUGUAACUUGAUUGUGCAGCACUCAAACAUGAACAUUGUAUAUAAUAAAUCAUGUCAUGUUGCAGUAUCAAACGGCUGGCCUUGUGGCCAGUCCAGAGACUCUG